AGACUUUAAGUCAGACAAAUUUGGGCAAGUUGUAAAUUUUGUUUGUAAAUAUUAAUACACUCUACAAUACUCUAGAUUUUUAAAGAAAGGACUUAUUCUUUGUAUAUACUGUGGUUCAUAUAUAUCACAAUGGAAAUGAAAGAAGUGCCAAAAGCAAUUGGAGAGAUGCCAUCGUCUAGUAGGAAAGGUGACAAAGACAAAAAAGAGACAGAAGAAAAAAGGAAAAAAGACGAGGUGUGGAUGGUUGCUCCAUCGGACAGCCGUGUAACACGGGGUCUUGAAGUACUGUCCUCUUUGGAUAAGAUAUAUGUGUCUCAGAGGCUGAUGCCAUUUGAAGAAUAUACGUCAAAAAAGUUCAUGUUUCAGAUUAAAAAUGGAAAGGGCGAGAAUGUCUAUAGGGGUCUCGAGAGACCGUCGGUCCUUCAAUUUAUUUUUGAUAGUUCAUAUCCAUUUAAAAUGGAUCUUGUGGAUAAGUCGGGAACGAAAUUAGUGGAAUUGGACCAUCCUUGUAGUUGCGCAUUGUGUCCCUGCUUCAACGUCUGUGAUAAAAAAAUAAAAGUUUAUGCACCUCCUGGACAUUAUAUUGGCCAAGUGUUGAAGAUCAUUUCAUACAAAUAUACUGAAUAUGUCGUUCAAGACGCUAAUGGCAAGGAAGUGAUUUUUAUUGACGGUCCACCCUUUUAUAAAAAUAUAACGAAGGUCACACUGGCGAUAUGGGACUCGCAUGAUCAUCAGAUUGGAACUAUAACCAAAGAGUUUCCAGUAUUGGAAUCUCUUUUUACGGAGUCAUCAUAUUUUUCUGCUUCGUUUCCUUCCAGCUUAAAUACGAAUUAUAAAGCUUUAAUCCUUGGUGGCGUCAUUUUGUUGAGUAUUGCUAGUAUAUAAACUCUUCUCGGAAUCUCAUGAAUAAUCGCAAAGCCCUAUCAAAGAAUCAUCAAUUUGCUUUUAUGUACAAAUGC